AUGCCAAGCCGGUUGGGCAAUAUUCCGACCCUACUACCUUGGCUAGCGGCCAGCCGGCUAGCAUCAGCCGCCCUUGAAGGUGACGUGCAGUGGAACGAGCUGGCAUCCACCACGCUGUCGCUCGCUGCGCAUCAGAUCGUCUAUGACAACCGCAGCGACAGCCUUUGGCUUUACGGCGGACAGUUCGGGCUUGGAGAUGACGAUAGCACAGAUGAGCUCUGGAAAUUCGAUUGUCAAACGCAGUCAUGGAGCAAUCAGACCGUUUCAUCUUCCGCAAAACCGCCUGCCAUGCACAAUCACAGAAUGGUUUACGACGACCAGCACCAUUCCCUUUGGCUGUUGUCCUAUGGAUCUGGUGAGUCUGGUGAUGAUCUAUGGACUUUGCAACUAGACACAUUGGUGUGGAGCAAGCCAGAACUCACGACCUCACGCCCCCCCGGUUUCGCUCUGCAGGGCUCGCAGGCGCGGUACGCACCGGCAGUCGUCUACGACGGCGGCAGUCGGGCAUUGUGGCUUCACGGAGGCGGAUGGGACGCAGAUGGCAAUGUGUUCUGGGACUUGUGGAGGUUGGACUUGCAAUCUCUGGAGUGGAACGAGACCAUGGUCAAUGCUGCGACGAGGCCGUCUGGACGUCGCAAUGCCCAACUCGUCUAUGACAGCAGCCGCAACGCGCUUUGGCUGCAUGGCGGGGUCAACCCCCCCAAUCAACUCUCAGACCUAUGGCAGCUACAAAUUGCAAGCAUGACAUGGCGUGAGUUAACUUUCGGGGAAAAGCCCAGUGGGCGGCAUGCCCAUCAGUUAGCGUACGACAGUUCCAGCGAUGCGCUUUGGCUGCACGGUGGAUUUGCUGGUAAGCCCCUGAAUGACCUGUGGAAGCUGGAGCUUGACACGAUGCAGUGGAGGCAGCUCAGUUUCGAUGUAAUGCCUUCUGGUCGGUGGCAACAUGGCAUGGUCUUUGCCACGGCUUCGGCUUCGCUGUAUCUUCACGGUGGGUUCAAGAGCCAAUCAGACUACAGCAGGUAUCUGUGGAAGCUGCAAGACGUCAGAAACGCAACCGACAUUCCAGGCCAAAGCUAUGGGCUGAGUGGGAGUGCUGGCAACGACAACGGAGACCUGCCAGAGCCUAGGCCUAGUCUGGCGGAGGUGCCCACAGAAGGUGGGCAGUCGGAGGUUGCUGCGGCACCACGUACCUUCGCAGAAGACAGCAAGGGUUUGUUAGAACGUUGGAAGAACAGCCCAUGGUUCCUCGCGAUUCUCAUGCUCUUCGAAUCCGUGAACCUGGUCUCUUCAACCAUCUACGUCGUGGAAGCCUAUCAGCGAGCGGUCCUGACAGAUCUAUAUGUAACGUGCUCAGACGGCACAGUUCUCGUACCCAUUUUCGCAGCGCAGUGUCCCGCAGAGAAUGCGGUGCUGAAUGGCAUGCGCAACUGCGAUGCUGCCCUUGCGAUCGGUGAUGUCUGCGAAGCAGACGCUGUCACCGAUGGCAGUAAGAACUGUGACACGAGCAACACUCUGCAAAACUGCGGCAUUUAUGAUGUAUACCGGAGGACAUCCACAUGCGGUGCCUGUGGAACACUAGCGCACCUUCUGUGGGUGUCCGCAGCCGCCUCUCUUUUCUGUACAGUUGGUUGGACCUGCCGCUUUUACACCAAGCGCCUCGAGCUGUGUUUUGUUAGCGUCCGACCCCGCCUAAGGCGACAGCACCAUUUUCUUUAUGCUCUUCUCGGCAGUUGGCUGCUCCUUGCCACCGGCAUCGGCUUGUUCAUGGAAGGUGGCAUCGUAGUGCUACUGAUGGCCGUCGUUUGCCCGAUGGCGGCCUGGCUCCUCUGGCUCUUCGCUCUGGUUAUCAUCGUGCACGACCCAACUGCCGAGGAGGAGGUCUUCCACCAAGUUCAGCAAUCGGCAGCUUUGGAGUUGCCGCUUUUCAAUGUGCUGGUUGCCUUCCUGAUGGAGGAGAAGGAUAUCCGGCAGCUGAACCAGUUCCGACUUCCACUUCAGCAAGGUCUCCGGAUUUUCGAAGACCUGCCAGAGUGCAUGAUCGGUGCGGUGGACCUCCUGUUCUUCGGAGGCAGCUGGUUCACCGCGUUGGGCAUCGGUAUGUCGCUUUUGAUGAUCACUUUGCAACUGAGCAUGGCUGUAUCUGCCAACGUGUUGCAGCAGGCGAGGCUCAUAGCAAGGCCACGCCAUCGGCGACAGAUAGACCGAGAGUGA